AUGUCUCCCACCAUCAGAGAAAUCGCCAAGCACACCAAAGUCAUCGACAUUGGGAUCACGCAGGUUUGGGGCAUCGUGUCAGCUUGGGGCUGCGAAUCACUUUGGAUGCCAGACUGCACCUCCUCGGCCUUAGAAGGUUACGGGCUGGGAUCUAUUCGAGUCCUCACAUUUUCUGAAUUUCCUGGAAUGAUCAUUCGAGAGCGCCUGGAAGCUAUCGAUCCCGGCAACUAUAGCCUACGCUUUCGAGUCUACAGGGACGACCUAAAGGAUAUGGUGAACUAUGGCAAUCUCAAACUUGAGGCAGUGGGACCUACUCAAACAAGCGUUCAGUGGAUGGGAGAAACCAGCUUGGAGGACGAGGAGGCGUUCAAUGCGCAGAGGCAGCGAGUUGAAGACAUGUAUCUGGGUUUUACGGACUCUUUGUACAAUCUCCUCAAGUAG